AAGAAAGAAGACAGAGAGAAAAACACUUGGAGAACUUGAAAUAAACAUCGGUUUCUUGGCCUAUCUGUUUAGAGCAAGUUCCAACAUUUAUGAAGUCUAACCGGCACAAAAUCUUGUGUUGUGGCCAGGCUACUCAAAUUUCACGUGAUCAAGCCCUAGACCUGAGACUGUAUGAAAUGUGGUCAUCAUCCUUACUUGGCCUGGGUUCUUUGGGUUAUGUUUAAAUGUGAAUAUUCGGGUGAAUGAAUACUUCAGGCUAUGUAUGUGAGCGUUCAUCAAACCGAAUCACAAACUUCAUGCUGCCAUUAAUAAGUUUCAUGAAGCUUAUAAAGUGUUAGAAUGAGCAGUGAAGACGAAGAGGAAACAAUUCAAAAGCAAAAUUUUAGCACAAAAAUUACAAAUUUUCAAGCACUCCCUUACAAAGGACAAGAAAUUUAUGCAAGAUUUGAGCAUUAUCGGUCAAAGAGUUAUGCCCAGGCUCUACAUAGUAUGUCUUCCACCUCAGUCCAUAACAAGUCCACCCUUCACUCCAGUGUGCCAAUUAUUGAUUCAGAUCUUAUGUCACCCUCACAGAGUGCUCCUGCAACUCCCAAGGGAAACCAUAUCAUUAAAAAGUCAUCUACCUUACCAGCAAGUAAUAUUUGUGAAAUAGCUUUUCCAAAACCUGUGAAAUCUAAUAGCUCAAGUUUGACAAAUUUUUUAAAGAAAAUUUCUCCCAAAAUUAGGCGAAGCUGUUACAAGCAAAAGGAAAAACCAUGGAUUGUUAUAGAGUUCUCCCAGGAAGAAAUUGAUGGACACAUCUCUGAUAGCAUGGAAAGUGAUCAUUCUGUUGAACUAGCCCUACAAGGUAAAGAGGAGUACUUUGCUAGACAGAAGGAGAAAUUGCAUAAGAAGGACACACAAAAUACAAGACAGAGAAUUAGUCGAAGAAGCUCUGAAGCUGCUGAUCUCUGUCCCUUCUACUCGGACGACAGUGAUAAAUUGUAUAAUAAGAAAAAUAUGCCACCCAAGCGGUCUAAGUCUGAGAUCAAUAACAGCUCUUUUUUCUCUAGGUUUAUGCUCAAAAAAUUUGUUUCAGAACAAGAAAACUAUGUUUCUACCAAGCUCAAAAAGAGUAAAGCAGAAAAAUGCUCAAACAGAUACAGGGAUGGUAAUGUAAAACCAGCCAAGGUGAAUUCUAAGUACAAAAUACAUGAAGAUGAGUUUUGUGGAGAAACAAAAAUUUCUGAAACCUUUAAGCCAAUGUACAGCUCUUUGGUCAAGGAUUCUACCAAGAAGAGUGACUUUAAACAAUACAGAGUAAACAAGAAUGUCCAAAAUUUGAAUGUUUGGGAUCAUUGUCAUUACCAAAAGGAAUCUCAAUUGGGUCAAAAACUAAAACCUUGCAAUUCAAAGGUUGAUGCUGCAGAUCAUUUAGUUCCUUUCAUCAGAGCCACACUGCAAAAGGCUCAACCGCCACAGAGCCUGAAUCUACGGAACACAGUUCAUGUUCAUUCCCACCUAGCAAAAAAUGUGGCCAACCAGAUGGCCUCAGUUGAGUCCAUUGGUGCUUGCUCCUUAGAUGUUGAAACUACCACAGAGGGUGGGUCCUCAGAACUUAAAGAAGAUAGUGCCAUUUCUGAUCCAUCUCUCACCAGUAAAAGAAUGAUGUUAUCUUGUAUGUCACAAAACGAACUUGAUGCAGGCCAUCGUCGGGGAAUAAACACAGCAGAUGAUCAGAAACGGCAAUAUACAAGUCACAAGUCAAUUUAUAUAACCUCCGAAAAAUGGGAGAGUGAUGGUAGAAAUACAUUACGACCUGAAUGGACAUUGGCUGAGCUGAAACUUCCUUCCUACAUCAAUAUCAGCUGUGUUGUCAAUGGGUAUACAAACUUUCAUCGAUUUUGUUAUAGUCGUGACAGCAGUCCAGCUGCUUUUGUGAAGAAAGAUAAUCUUAUAUCAGAUAUUCCUGCAAAAAAGGCAGGGGAACAGGACUCAAGCUUUUGCGGUAGUAAAAGAAACAAUAUGCAAGCACACAUAGAACAACGACCAUGUCUACUGGAUAAUUCUCAUGCUCCAUCUGGGAAGCUUGAUCCAAAAUAUACUGACAACAAAAUGCAAAAAAUAUUAAAGCCAUCACAUUUUAUAGUAGCAGAUUCUGUUAAAAGGUUAUAUGUUAAUGAUGCAGAAAAUAAGCAUCUUAAUGGAUAUAAAACAGAAGAUUCAGCUAAUGGAUUGGUUAAGGUUGCUAUUCCCCCUAAAUCAUUAAUACAACAGAGAAUUGAGAGUUUAUAUGGACAUGAAGUAGCUAAAGUAUGGAAAGUUGCAAGACAGAAACCAUUUUUACACAAGCCAUCAGGAAGGAGCACAGUCUCUGAAGAAAGAUAUGUUUCAUUUAGUAAUCGGAGCCCCUCUUGUCCUCCUCAAGCCUUAAGAGCUCGAUCAAAAAGCCCACCUGUGUUCAGACAUCUCACAAAAGAUUUCAGGGAUCAACUGCGAGCCUUGGACUCUUCAAAUUCUCCUGGUGCUGUAACUAGAGUAUCACGUCGAACAGAAAAAAAAUCAACUCCCCAAUCUGUAUCUCAUAAUCAUUUUAAGACAUCAUUUCCAAAUGAUGCUCCAUGCUAUAAUAAUCAAGAAACCAAUUCUGACUGUCUAACUAGAAUCAAUUCUCAAGUUACCCAAGACAGUUCCAAAAAUCUUGAGAUGUGCCAAAACAGCAACGAUCUUAUUGCUCAACCUUGUGCAUUAGCUCCAGUCCAGAAAUGUGAAAAUAAUCUGAAUAUACAUGGAAGGGAUUUGAAUGUUGAAAGUUUAAAUGGUUAUGAAUCCUUUCAUUCGGCAGAACUAGUUCCACUUCCUAAACCUGAAAGAUGCAACUCUCUCUCAUCCCCAGAGUACACUGCUAAUGCACAUCUUCUCCCAACUCCAUCAUCAUCAUCUCCCACACUGGAAACUGAGAUGGAAGAGAGAGAUGGGAACUGGUUUUUAGCUGCACUGGAGAAACAGAAACAGCAGAUUGAAGAAAAAGUUUUAGAAGUUGAGAAAGAAAUGAUGAGAAGUGACAUCCCUGAAGAUGCUGCUGGGAAAAUGCGAGCUGCUAUUGGUAAAGCCAAUCUUUUACUCUCUCAAAAAUUUGAACAAUUCCGAGGACUGUGCAAGAAAAAUUUGAAUCAGAAUCUGACAGAACCCUUUCCAACAACAGUCUCUGACUUAGCUGGAUUCUGGGACAUGGUGCUGUUGCAAGUUGCAGAUGUUCAAGAUACACUUACCAACAUAGAAAUAUUAAAAGCUAAUAAUUGGCAAGAGAAAUUAACAAACAAAGAGGAUAAAAAAAACCAAGUAAGGUCUAAGAAAACAGGAAAACAAAGAAUGGAUAAGGCAUUGCGUCCACAGCAUGAAAGGUCAGCAAAGGCCAUGGAAGCAGCAAGAACGCGGGAAGAAGCAAGAAAAAGAUUAAUGGAAGCAAAGAAAAAGAAUCGUUUGAAGCAUAACACUAAAGGGACUGAUGUUCAAGUUUCAAUAUUUGUACCCGAAAAUAAUUAAUUGUGAAAUUUAAGCUAGAAUAAGAAUGAAAGCCCAGAAAAAGAACUUUUUCAAAAUAAUUUAAUAACUCUUCAUAAGUGGAACUUUUUGUCUUGUGCUGUUUAUGUUACAAAAAAAUUUUCAAAUAUUUAAGGGGAAUGUUAUUGAUCAGUAUGUAAAUUAUUUAUUGAUCUUGAAGUUAUUUUAAUAUAUCUAAAUGUGUGUUUACUAUUAAUUAAUAAUUAAUCUUUUUCCUUUUUUUUCAUGCGUGUUAUGUUUGUCUUUAAAUGUACUAGAGGUUGUAUGUUUCAAUAGAAUUAUACCUUGAUUUUUAGACUGUUGUAAGCUUCACAUCAACAACUAUGAAUGUGGCUUUCAAGAUGUGUUUGAGAAACAUCAUAUUAUGCUAUAAUUCUUUUAAUAAUUUUAAUUACACGGUAAAACAGUUUUUUCUUUCCAAUUGCCAUUCAUUUUAUUAUAUGUAAACGUUUUUAUGUACACAUACAAAAAUAAGGAAUUGAUAGCUAUCACACUAAGUAUUUCAGUUAUGUUUGAUUAUGAAAAGAUUAUACAAAAAGUAAAUUGUAGUUGUGUUUGAAACUGUGUGGAUUUAUUUUUGGAUUAUCAGUUAGGCUUACCAUUUAGUUCUGAUGUUUUUUCUGAUAAUUCUGUAUUAGCCUCAUAAAACUGUGAUCAUAUUGAUAUUUUUAUCAAAUGUACAUAUUGUUUUCAAUAUUGAAAGCACUUUAAUAUUAACAAAAUUUUAAAUGAGACAGGUAUAGACUUUUUGUAAAUAAAAGAAAAUUGGAAGUACAUUAUAUAUUAUCUGUUGAAUUUCAAACUUUACAUUGCUCACAAACUCAAAAAUGCAUUCCUAUUUGAAAAUUAUGACUUGUAUUAUAAUAUAUGAAUUACUUAUAUAAAAUUAGCAAUUUCAUUUGCCACUUAUAACAAUUCAAUUAUUUUACAAUUGAAUUUAAGAAGAAAAGGAUAGUUAUAUAUAAUAGUGAUUCCUACUAUAUUUUCACAGCAGAACUCUAGCAUAGUAUUUUAAUUAUACAGAGGAACCAAUUCAUAGCCUCAGUUAUGUUCAUGAAAACACCAUGUAGUUGAAGUAAAUUAUCAGCUUCAGUAUCUUGGCUAUUUAUACAUUCAUCUUUAUUGUUUGUUACUUAGUACCUAAGUAUUUGAUGUUAUGCAUAAAAAAAUAACCUGACUAUUAUAGGUAAAAGUUAAUUACUUUUAGUAGUUAAAAUAUAUUCUAUAAUAUUAAUUUGUGAAAUAUUUUCUCUAAAUGUUGAAUUGUGUCUAUAAUAAUAAUUGGUCUGAUUUUGAUAUACUAGAAAUAUUUAUUUUAAUGGAUGUUUAUUGGCAUUAAAAAUAAACCUUGUACAAUAUGUAUUGUGUGCUACAUUUAAGAGUUUCUGUGUGGGUAGAUUGUAAAGGACUAUCUUUUGAAAAAUGUCAUCCACAGAAAUACUUUUUUCGUACUUGCCUCUGUUGUAAAAGAAAAGACAUAUAAUCUUAUUUCCAUUUUAUAAACACUGGAUUUAUGGUACUAGUUUUCUGUAAAGGAAGACUGGUAACAUCAGUGACUAAACACUAUCAAAGUUAACAUUCAAAUAGUGUCCAUUUCAGGUCAAUGGGGUCAACAAACAAUGGUAGAUGCUUUAAUUUUGUUGGUAGAGGUGCUAUUGUGUAUAUGCAAAUAAAGUGAUUACAAAAGGCCAUUUUAGCAUGUUUGACCACUUAUAUGUAAGAGAAUUUCAUGUAGAUUAUGAUUAUAUUUGAAUAUUUUGACUUUUUUUACAGUAUUAUUUCUGAUAAUCAAAUUGAAUCUACUAUUGAAAUUUUUUUGAAAUGUUAAAAUUUCAUCAUAAUUUACCAUAAUGCCAGAUCCAGUUUUAAGUGUAAUAAAAUAAGAUAAAGCCACAUAAAAAAAAUAUUUCUUAAAUUGUCCAAACUCGCCUCUUAUGCUCACAGAACUAUAUGAUUUUGCCUCAUUAGCUUACAUAGGUUUGUUGAAUUUUACCUCAUAUUUUAACCUCUCCUUACUUUGUAUUGGUAAAAUAUUUUGAUAUGUUAUAAAGUAUUAUGUAAAAAUAUUUUUCUAUUAAAAAAUAAUUUGUACACUCAAACUUUGCAUUGGCAAUAUGAAUA